AUGGCGUCGAAAGUGGGAUCCAAAACGCCCUCGGAAAUCGGCAAAGAGGACAUCGAAACAUGGACUUCGCAGCAAAUCGAGUAUCUUCUUCGAAGAUGGGCAGCGUCCAAAGGAGCCGUUACGAAGAGUUCAUAGAAGGUAAAUUAUAUUAUUAGCUAGAAAGGUAGUAGAACGGUGCCACGAACCGUAAAGGAAAGAGUUUUUCAAGCAUUACAAGAUGCGAGUAAAACAACGCAAGACGUAAUUGCCUUGCAAAGCGAUGAUGUGACUAAGCGAGCAGAAUCAGGAGAAUGGUUAGACAAUUUGCAGAGCGAAGUGGAGGACAGCGUCGACUCUUGAGGAGUAUUUAGAGAGCCGUGCAGAUGAACCGCCAUCAGUAAUAGGACAAAUUUCAGUGGUCGCCGAUGCAGUUUGCAAAGUUGACGAAAAGGAAAGUCGGAAUUCGGAGUCCGGAAUCGUUUGAUGAUUCGCAAGUUGUCAGCUCAGCACAGAAGUUCGUCGAAUUACUGUCGAAAUCUGCUCAGUAAAAAGGGAAUAAAUCAGCUCCUAAAUUCAGCAAUAAAGAUAAUAAAAAUAACUCGGAAGAGAAAGAAACUGAAGAAGACGAAUCAGAAAAAGGCAAAUUCGACUCGAAAUAUUUUGACAGAUUGUUCAAAGGAAUCAAGAAACCCGCUUUAACCGUCUUCAGCGGAGGUAAAGACCUUUAUCACGAUUGGAAAGCGAAAUUUGAAAUAUUCGUGGAUCGGAUGAAAGUGCCAGCUAAAACCAAAGAUGAUGAUGUUGAAGAAUUCUCUGUCUGGCAAGCUAUUAGGAGUUGGUGAGCGGUAAGGCUACACAUCUAGACAAUAUCAAACUGCCUUGUAGAAAUGAAUGAAGGGGGUUUUGAGCGUUAGCCCUUCGUCAAUCGCCACGGAAACGUCAGCUUUUUUACCCUUUACGAUGGCCAAUUUACGUUUUCAACUCAGUUGUUAA